AUGUUGUCAAAUUAUUGUAAUUUGUUAAUGUUAAUUUUAACAACAUUUUGUGUUUUAAUCAUUUUAAUAAUUUUGAUGAUUGGUUUUGUAGUUGUUGGAGGAAUCGAAUCACCACCAACCACAUUAGUAGUUAACAAUGACGGAGAUACCAGGCUGAACAACUACAAACAAUAUCAAGAUUUCUAUAGGAAUAUGAAUCGUGUGAAUGGACCGUUCGAUCAAUCGUUGAUAGCAAAAGCAGAGCGACGACCAGUCUCUAAAUACAAAUUGGCAACGGAUCCUUCGUCGGGAGCAUUACCGUUUCAGAAUGUUUCAUACAAGGUUACCUACGAUGGAAGAUCGCUGCUCAUCAAUGGGGAGAGGAAGCUAUUUGUGAGUGGCAGUGUCCACUAUCCACGCUCGACGCCAACCAUCUGGAAGAAAGUGCUGGCACUCUCGAAAAACUCGGGAAUCAACAUGAUCGAUACCUAUGUGUUUUGGGAUCUACAUGAACCGCAGCGUGGAGUCUACAACUUUGAGGGCAACGCUAAUUUGAAACACUUUCUCGAUCUCUGCCAGCAGAAUGGUCUGUUUGUCAACCUUAGAAUAGGACCUUACAUUUGUGCAGAGUGGAACUACGGUGGUUUGCCAAUCUGGUUGAAAGAUAUUCCCGGAAUCAAAAUGCGUGAUUUCAACACUCAGUACAUGGAGGAAGUGGAACGUUGGAUGAAAUUUAUUGUCGACUAUCUACAUGGCUAUUUCGCACCGCAGGGUGGUCCAAUUGUCUUGGCGCAAAUCGAAAACGAAUACAAUUGGGUCCAGUGGCGAUAUCAAGAGUCUGGCAGGAAAUUCGCUCAUUGGUGCGCAGACCUGGCAAAUCGAUUGGACAUAGGCAUUCCAUGGAUAAUGUGUCAACAAGAUGACAUACCCACCGUAAUCAACACUUGUAACGGAUACUAUUGUCAUGAAUGGAUCAAUUUCCAUUGGAAUAACUUCAAAGAUCAACCUCCUCUGUUCACAGAGAAUUGGUCUGGUUGGUUCAAUAACUGGGUGAAUGCAGUUCGCCAUCGUCCUGUAGCGGAUCUGCUCUACUCUGCUGCUAGAUGGUUCGCAAGUGGCGGUGCUCUAAUGAAUUACUAUAUGUGGCAUGGAGGAACCAACUUUGGAAGGAAGAGUGGUCCGAUGAUUGCUCUCUCCUACGACUAUGAUGCACCGCUCAACGAAUAUGGAAAUCCUAGAAAUCCAAAGUAUUCGCAGACCAGGGAUUUCAAUAAACUGAUUCUUUCAUUGGAGGACAUCCUUCUCUCGCAGUAUCCACCCACACCAAUCUUUCUGGCAAACAACAUCUCUGUUAUACACUAUAGAAAUGGUAAUAACAGUGCAUCGUUCAUUAUCAAUUCCAAUGAAAAUGGCAAUUCAAAGGUAAUGUUUGAAGGUAGAUCCUAUUUUUCCUAUGCAUACUCUGUUCAGAUAUUAAAGAACUAUGUAUCGGUGUUUGACUCAUCACAAAACCCUAGAAACUAUACGGAUACCGUAGUAGAGUCAGAACCAAACAUUCCCUUUGCCAACUCUAUUAUCAGUAAACAUGUUGAGCGAUUCGAUUUUGAAGAAUCAUUAUAUGAUAACCGGUUGAUGGAGCAAUUGAAUCUCACCAAAGAUGAAACAGAUUAUAUCUGGUACACGACAAUGAUUAACCACGAUCAAGAUGGUGAAAUACUAAAGGUAAUAAACAAAACAGAUAUUGUUCAUGUAUUUGUCGAUAGUUACUACGUUGGAACAAUAAUGUCUGACAGUCUGGCUAUCACUGGAGUUCCUCUGGGACCAUCAACACUUCAGUUAUUACACACCAAGAUGGGUAUUCAACACUAUGAACUACAUAUGGAGAAUACAAAAGCAGGUAUUCUUGGUCCAGUUUACUAUGGAGACAUUGAAAUAACCAAUCAAAUGUGGGGAUCAAAGCCAUUUGUAUCAUCAGAGAAAGUAAUAACCGACCCUAUUCAAUCAAAGUUUGUAAGAUGGUCACCGUUAGAUAGGAAGCCAAAUGAAGUUUUCUAUAGUGUACCUCUGACAUGGUAUAAAUUCAUUUUCUUUAUAGAUUCAGAAGCAAAACUACCUACUUCACUUGCACUCGAUAUGUCAAAGUAA